AUGUAAAAUGUCAGAAAAUGUGUGAUUGUUGUUUUUGUGUAAUUUUUUGUUUGAUGAAUUUAUCAUUAGAUUUCGAAUAAUAACACCAGAAAUUGUUUAGAUCAGAUUCAGAGGCCGAUAAUUAUGGCGUGCAUGGUAUGCCGCAAAUUCGACGUUCGCCUCUUUAGCGUCGGCUCAAAUUAUGGCAACAUCAACCACACUGUUGGAGAUGAUCUGGUGGAGAUAUAUGGAGAAAAAGUUUCCGUCCACCUCACUCCCGAAAGCUGCGUAUGCAACGCAUGCAUGAACAUCCUCGACAACAUCGCCAAGCUGAUAAGGAACAUCUGGUCGCUGAUCUCGAACCCGUGCGACCAGCCGCAGCCCGGCAAGCUGGGAAAGCUGUGGAAGAUCUUCGCCUCUUUGAAAGUCGACGGCGAUGACAUCGAAGAGUGCCAGGGUACCCUCAACAGGACGCCGACACCUUCCAAAUUGAUGACGCUGAUGUUCUCUGAGCCAUAUCGGAGCAAGCAGGAGCGCAAGAUCGCGGAGAGUGAGCGACAACGUAGUUUGAGUCGAUCCACCAUCUGCUGCGCCCGCUCAGAAGUGUCCUCGAACUUCAGCGAUGUCAACGAGAUCAGCGGGGACAGUGAGGACAAUGAGGACAGUGGGUACAAUGUGGACAGAAAGAUUGUCAAACGCAGAAGAAAGCGUAAAGGUCACAACUGGACGAGGCCGAAGCGAGGCAGAUCGAGAACGAGCCGAGCCAGUCCCACUUCGGACGUAUCGCGAUUCUCGAGUCCAAUCAGUAAUUACUCCUCGGUGAGCUGUAGGUCCAACAGAAGAUCCCCAUCGAAGAAAAAACAGACUGUAGAAUAUGACGCCAAAGGAAGGUUGACAAAGAAGAGGACGAGGUCGGUUAGCAGAGCUCAAGAAGAGGAAGAGAAGAGCAAGUUUUAUUGUAGGGAAUACAAAUGCCAGCUCUAUUUCUAUGAUGUUGAGGUGCUCAACUACCAUCAGAUAUCGGACCACAACUUGCCUGCGUUACAUUACUGUGACGAGUGCCAGCAAAGAUAUACGACAGCGGAACUCCUGAGGAAGCACGUCGCCAUACACGACACCUCGCCCCUCUACUGCCUCAUGUGCUCGAUGGGCAUGAAGGACCGCAUCGAGCUGCAGGAGCACCUCGACGAGCACAUGGCCUACUCGAUACCUUGCAAGUGCUGCGACAAAUCCUUUCUCUCCAAGAGCACCAGGGAAGAACACAUGAAGAAGUGCCACCGGGGCAGGAAGAAACGGGACGCUCCGGAUCGCCGUAGCAAACUGAUCAUCGACAGGUUCGACAGUGAGUUUAGUGAAACGGACAAUAAUAGGAACAACAGGGAGGACAGGGAUGAGUUGACGGUGGUUAUGAUUCCGUAUACGGAUAUGGAGUUGGAGAGCGACGAUUUGGAUGUCACCGAGGAGAAUAUGAGGCUAUGCAAUAUCGAGUUUUUCACUAGCGGUGAUGUUCAGAAUCAUUCCAUAGAAUCGGAAACUACGUCAGAAACGGAAAUUAUGCCAGAAUCGGAAACUAUGCCAGAACCGGAGACCCUUCAAUGAAAAUUCAAUUAUAAUUUUAAUGCCAGAUUGUUCCUUUGAUUUUGUAAUAUAUU